GUGGUGCACUUUUUACUCCCCCUCAGGGCGCGGAUGCCGGUGGCGGCGAAGGAGAGCUGCCCGGCCGCGCUGGGCCUGAGGCCACGAAGGACGCUCAGGCUGGCGAGCGGCCGCCCCGCGUUGCCCUCUCCCUCCCCUCGGAGCCCCGCCGGCUGGUUCUGGAGCCCGCUCGGCCUCGUCGCAUCCCUCAGCUUCGCCACCCGCUUUUACCGUCUGAGGGAGCCGCCGCACAUCUGUUGGGAUGAAACACAUUUUGGAAAGAUGGGAAGCUACUACAUUAACAGGACCUUUUUCUUUGAUGUCCACCCACCUCUUGGGAAGAUGUUGAUAGGACUUGCUGGCUAUAUGAGUGGCUAUGAUGGAACAUUUCCUUUCCAAAAACCAGGGGACAAAUAUGAACAUCACAACUACAUAGGAAUGAGAGGGUUCUGUGCAUUCCUUGGUUCAUGCCUGAUUCCCUUCUGCUACCUCACAGUUCUGGAGCUGUCUAAAUCAUUGCAUGCAGCAAUGCUCACAGCUGCCUUCCUGAUCUUUGACACAGGGUUCAUCACUCUCUCUCAAUACAUUCUACUUGACCCCAUUCUGAUGUUCUUCCUCAUGGGAGCUGUACUCAGUAUGGUCAAGUAUAAUUCCUGUGCAAACAGGUCAUUUUCUGCCCCCUGGUGGUUCUGGCUUGCAUUGACUGGAAUAAACCUUGCAGGUGCAAUGGGAGUGAAAUUUGUUGGCCUUUUUGUAGUUCUCUUCGUUGGACUGAACACUAUCUGUGACCUUUGGGAGUUGCUGGGAGAUCUCAGUUUGUCAUUGGUCACUCUGGGGAAGCACUUUCUGGCGCGUGUACUCUGCCUCAUUCUGCUGCCACUUGCCCUCUACACAGCUCUGUUUGCUGUUCAUUUUGCAGUCUUAAAUAGAAGUGGACCUGGCGAUGGCUUUUUCAGCUCUGGAUUUCAGUCUCGGUUGAUUGGGAACAAUCUUCAUAAUGUCUCUGUUCCGGAAUACUUGGCAUAUGGCUCUAUAGUUACAGUAAAGAACCUUCGUAUGGCAGGUGGAUAUCUUCACUCACAUUGGCAUUUGUAUCCUGAGGGAGUUGGAGCACGGCAGCAACAGGUCACUGCAUAUUUACACAAGGACUUGAAUAACUUAUGGAUUAUAAAGAAACACAAUGUAAAUACAGAUCAUUCAGACCCAUCCUUCCCUGUGGAGUUUGUGAGGCAUGGAGAUGUAAUUCGCCUGGAACAUAAAGAGACUUCUAGAAACCUACACAGUCAUCAACAUGAAGCUCCCUUGACAAGAAAACAUCUUCAGGUCACUGGAUAUGGCAUAAAUGGAUCAGGAGAUUCCAAUGAUUUCUGGCGAAUUGAGGUUGCAGGAAGAAAAGCUGGGAAACGUAUCAAAGUCCUGCGUAGUCAAAUCCGACUGAUUCACUUGGCUACUGGUUGCAUCUUGGGUUCAACUGGAAAGACACUGCCCAAAUGGGGCUGGGAGCAGGUGGAGGUCACUUGUACUCCAUAUCAGAAAGAGAGUCCUAAUACUCUCUGGAAUGUUGAAGAUCACAUCAAUCCCAGGUUGCCGAAUAUCAGUCUGGAUGUUCUGAAACCGUCUUUUCCAGAGAUUCUUCUGGAGUCUCACAUGGUUAUGAUCCGAGGAAACAGUGGCCUCAAGCCAAAGGAGAACGAAGUCACAUCCAAGCCCUGGCAUUGGCCCAUCAAUUAUCAAGGCCUUCGUUUUUCUGGAAUCAAUGAAACCGACUAUAGAGUUUAUUUGCUAGGAAACCCGGUGAUCUGGUGGAUGAACUUAAUCACAAUUGGAUUAUAUCUCAUAAUGGCAAUGUUUGUAUCUGUGGCCUUGAAGAGAGGAGUCCAGUUGACAGCUGAGCACAAAGAGCUUUCUCAAGUCCUGCUGAAUGGCGGAGGAAUAAUUAUGUUAGGAUGGCUUCUUCAUUAUCUUCCUUUCUUCAUGAUGGGACGAGUGCUCUAUUUUCACCAUUAUUUUCCUGCCAUGCUUUUCUCCACCAUGUUGACAGGCAUUACAUGGGAUGUGUUCCUGAAAUUCUGGGCUGGGUCCCAGGCAUCUGGCAUCCAAAGGAGAAAAAUUUACCAGUAUGGAAUAGUGAUGUUGAUCCUUCUCAGUAUGUACAGCUUCUACCUCUUCCAUCCUCUCUCCUAUGGGAUGGUAGGACCUCUGGCUUCUGAUCCCAACAGCCCAAUGGCAGGGCUUAGGUGGCUGGAAACAUGGGAAUUCUAGAUCCAGCAUGAAACAAGAAGAAGGGAGUGGAAAAUAAGAAAUGAUGAAAAUAUUCUCCUCUUUCAACAAGAACUAUGAAGGAUCUUUCUCAACAGUGUUUCUGUGCUGAUAUAGACAAUAGACUAAGCACUUCAGGUUCUGAGAAAAGCUGGUAUCCAUGAAGGAAAAUAUUGGCCAUUUGGCCUACCUUUCCAGUUACUUGCCCCAGUUGCUACGUUCAAGAUUGAACCAUCCAAGCAAUAUGUUUUGAGUCUGGCCUCGGCCUCUACAGCAGGGGUCAUUUGUGUGAGAGUUUGGGGAUGCAUGUCUGUUUCUUUGUUUUGACAAGAGUGUAGCUUUUAUGUACCUGUCUCUACUUAUGUGUGAUUUCUUAGAGCACAGGAAGUAUCAAACAUGCAUAGAGAAGAUGCAUAGAGAAGAAAGAGUCUUCGGUAUUAGGGUAGUUUGCACCCGAUAACAUUUUAUCAUCAUGUUUCAAAAUCUACAUGAGGGUAAGUGGGUGUGCGCACAAAGACAAAUGUCUGUCUCCCCAUAAGAGUUCUCUUUAAUGCUCCUCUGGACCUCAAAAACAGAGGCUUAAAUGUCACAAUAGCAUAAAGUCUUUGGAAACUCUGUGCCUUGCUUAUCCAAAGGCAGUGAGCUGUUCCUGUUUUUGCACAGCCUUUUGCUCUCAGAGAACAGGGUAAAAUUGCAAAGGAUGUAGUAUGCGAAUGACAUCAUGGCAUGCUAGUUGCCAUAUGAUUAUUUGUUUAGAAAGCUUCAAAUCAGAGAAAUCAAUAGCUUCUUACAUUUGUAUACGCUUUCUUGUCCUAAAUUCCUCUGGUGGUGAGAAAUGGUACCUUGAGGGGGAUGCAAAAGUUGUACAGACGGUAAGAGAUGGUGGUAGAACAUCACUUACUCCAUUAGUCCCAUUGCCUAUUAGUACUUCAUUUUAUGGUGAAGCUGUUUUUUUCAUUACUCCAUAUACAGAAUAGGGUGCUAACAAUAGACUGUUCACACACUGUUUCUUUGUAAAAUGCAUAUAAGCUUUGAGAUACUAGUUUCUUUGUUGUGAUGAACUAAUUAGAAAAGGUUAUAGAAAAGUUAUAGAUUGAAAGCAGAAGUAAAACCUGGUUACUGGAGAAAUCUUUUCUUCAUUUAUUUCUGAAAGAAUGUGUGAGAAGGUAUUGAGUGUACCAGAAUUUUCCUGAGCCAAUUUAGCUUCGGCUAUAAUUAAACAGCUUCCUUGAAGCCUUCUUUUGCAUACAUGUCAGGAAAAUUGAGGCCAUCCAAUAAUUCAUUUCAGCAUCUGUAUUAAAGCUUGAAGCCUGUCACUUCCUAUUCCCUUGUACCAUCCAUCAUCAAAGGGUUGCUUCUGUUGGCAUGGAGACUAAAUGCCAGCAUCCCCAGGAGUGAUUUGAUUGUGAAGGAGUGUGUUGAUUGCUGAAGACUGACUGCUAGAUCUACUGAGAGAGAAAGAAAAAGCAAGGCUAUGUUUAACUAGUUAAAAGAAUGCCAUCAUGACCAACUCUUUAAUGUCAGUAGGUUUAGGUUUUUCUAUAAUAUAGAGAACAUCCUGCAGUGGAGCUCUUUUGGCAGAACAGUAAAAUUUAGUAGAAUAGAGUGAUCUCACUCAACCCCCCAUCUUAAAACAAAAACAAAAAUCAAGAAAGUUCCAAAACUUCUGCAGUUGAAAGUUGGCUAUAGCUAUGUAGCUGCUUACAUCAAUGGUUCUCAACCUGGGGUCCCCAGAUGUUUUUGGCCUUCAAUUCCCAGAAAUCCUAACAGCUGUUAAACUGACUGGGAUUUGUGGGAGUUGUAGGCCAAAAACAUCUAGGGACCCCCAGGUUGAGAACCACUGGCUUACACGAUUAAGUGGCCCAACCUUUUAUUUACUAAUUUCCUUAGAAAUGUCAGGGAAUCACUGCAAUAAGGUUUUGGUUUUGAAAACCAUUCAGUUCCCUGAAACAUGAACUGCGAUCCUUUGCUGACCUGAGAAUGAGAAAUCUGAUAGGAAGAUGAGGCGGGAAUGAGGUCACAAAAACCUCUCAUGAUUCUGCUACUAGAAGAGACAGCAGCUUGGAGGUAGAAUAACAUAUAAGUAAUAGCAUUAUUGUUGAUGAACAUAGAAAAGCAAUUCUAUUUUUCAGUGAAGUGCUCAAAUGUAACUGUUGACUAAAUUCCUCAGGAUCUGAUUGUCACUCACGAUUCAAUUUUGUAUUUAUUUCUCAUGAAGGUAAAUGAAUGAUACUGCAGUGAGUAUGGAUUAUAUGGGCAGAAUUCUUUUUCUGGAAUGUAUCUGAUGAAACUGCUUUGCUAUUAGGAAAGGACACUUGAAUAGUAAAAAUUAAAUCAGGAUGUUAGAAAUAUAAUGAGCAAGCUUGUUCUUGCUAAUCACUGGCAUUCACAGAUAAAUGUUGAACAUGCUAAUCUUAGGAGAGUUGGUUGGCUUCUUGUCCAUGUGGUGCUGGGUUCUAGUAAAAUCAACUGAAGUGUUUUUUCCCAGCCCUUCCAGUACCAGCUAUGGAGCAAAAAUCUGGAUUUUCUGGGAGAAAGCUUUUGGCCUGACUUGUUUGGAGAUACUGUGCUUUAGUUGGUUACUUGAAUGGCGCUGGGAAGAGUAGUCUCCCAUUUAGCAUAGGGUGCUAAUUGAUGUUAGUAUUUCUGGUCUAUUAGCAUCUUUCCAUUUUUUCCUGGCUUAGCUAAAUCAUAGUUUCACUCUACAGUGUAAAUUGACAACAUUCACCAGUAUUUGAGCAUUUGCCUUCUUUUCUCUUAGUACUUGUGAAUGUUUGAUUCAGAAGAGGGUACAAAGUAAAUUAUUUUUGUGUCUGUACAUUUCAUUUCUUAUAUUUUACAGGGUGCUACAAAAGUUUGCUUUUAUGCAGUCAUUUGCUUUCUUCCCAGUGACUAUAUCUGUGGGGUCUGAGCUCUGGAUUCAAAAGUCAGAACUACAUAGUUAAAUACAAGGUGUUUGAAAAAGAACUCCCUAGUUUUAAGUAUAAACACAUUACAACUAGGGAGUUCUUUUUCAAACACCCUGUAUAUUCUGGAAUUGUCUUCUCCCUCUCUAAUCAUUGUACUGAAACAUAGCGAAGCCUAUCAUGAUGGGAAGUGUCCCUAAAUAAAACUUUUGUCUUGAGGAAUUUCAAGACUUGUACAGCCUUUUCUUCCAUUCUAGUGUGGAACUAACAAGUAUGAUUCCGCAACAUUUCUUCUAAGAAGUAAGAUUUUAAAACUAAAACAAUUCUUCUAUGUCUGAACUAUACCUUUGAUUAGCGCCUUCCCUGCCUUUUUUUGAAAUUGAAUUUGGGUUGGAAAAAGUUCCUACUUUCUUGCCCUGGAUAGUAAUAGGUCAUAAAUAAUUUUCUCAUUCUUUGUGUCGUCUAGAUUGUCAUAUCCAGAAUGACACAGGUGAUUGUCAGACCCCCACCCCUGGUGUUUUUAUUAUUUAUACAUGGCCUUAACUGUUUGGUAGGCAGGGCAAAAUGACUCAUUUAGAAGCAACAAAUGGCACAGACCAUUCUGAAUUGUAGGCUGAAGUGGAAAAUCAUGCUCAUUUGUUUCUGGCAAACAAGUGCCCAUAUACAAAACUAGCAUAUCAGGUGGGCUUGGCUAAAGCCUUUCUCCCUGACAUGGUAGCUUUUCAUAGGCAGAGAACAGGCAACGUAGAAAAACAUUCAAAAAAUUUCCUGUUUAGGGCUGUGUCCUAAAUUAUUUUCAAAUCUGUACGUCAUUUGUAACUUGAUACCUUAGUUAACAGUAUGUCAGUAGCCACUAUGAUAGUUGUCUACUAACUAUAGGCAGCCCUCUGUAUUAUGAAAUUUCUCAUAUUAAUGCUGCUAAUUCUGAACAUGUGUGUGUUUUGUUCAUGAACAUUGUAUUUUAAAGUGGACAUAUUUCAUUCUUAUGGAGUGUAGAUAGUACUGAAUAAAAAUGCCUUUGAAUUGACACAGCUUUUUGUAAAGGAAUUAACAAAAGAUAGAAUUUACCGUUCAUUUUUUUAAAAAAAUAAACAGGCUUUCUUUUAAAUA